AUGAGCAAUGUGCUACAAAUGGAUGAUGAUUACUCUUCAGGUCACACGUCAUUCGCUUUGAAGCACAUAUUUCACAACGCUGCUGACGGCCACACACACAAACGGUUGGAUAUUGACGAUCAGCUCUUGGAUUCACUAAAUAUAAAGUCUGAUGAGCCUUUGAGCGUUACUCAGCAACCGUUUACUCAUAUAUUUGAUAUGUCUUCAGACACUCAAUCGACCAUCAGAAUGGCUAAUCGAGAUCCCGAUUUUGUUGAGUCAUAUCUGAAUUAUGCAUUUGAAGCGAGAAAUGAAUCAUUUAUUCAUCUUGAUUGGUCUGAAGAGCAGAUCAGUAUUCCGAACAUCACUGAUCCAGAGACGAUACUCAACUUGGCAGAGAUGUGUUCUGACGCGUACGCUAAACUUCCAAGUGAUCCUAGCUGGCGUGAUGUAGGAGAUCAUUAUAAACUUGGACGUGGAUUUGGAUGGAAAAAAGGUGGAGUUAGAGGACAUGUGUUUGUAGAAAAGGUCCCUAAACUUGAGGGUAGAAGACCUCCUAAAGUGAUUAUCGCCUUGAAAGGAACAUCCGCCUCCGGUAUAGUGAUUAGUGAUGAUAUGGAUGCGACGGGAGACGACGGAGAAACGGUGGAUGGAGACAAAUUGAACGAUAACCUCUUAUUUUCAUGCUGUUGUGCUCGUGUUUCGUCUCUUUGGACAACGGUAUGUGACUGUUAUGAGGGCUCAACAUAUCAGUGCGACGAGACUUGCAUAGAACGUGAAUUUAGAAGACCUGAUAGAUAUUACAAGGCGGCUUUGGAUAUCUACAGAAACGUCUCCAGCGAAUAUCCGCGUUCCGAAAUUUGGAUCACAGGCCAUUCUUUAGGAGGAGCAUUAGCUUCACUCGUCGGACGCACCUAUGGACUUCCUGCAGUGACAUUUGAAAGUCCAGGAGAACGCCUACCUACAACAAGAUUGCAUCUUCCGGUUCCACCAGGACUUCCAGAAGAAUAUGAGCACAUCUGGCAUUUUGGAAACACGGCAGACCCUAUUUUCUUAGGAAUUUGUAACGGUGCAUCAUCAUCAUGCAAUAUAGCCGGCUAUGCCAUGGAAACGCAAUGUCAUUCUGGCCUCGUUUGCACUUACGACUCUGUUAAGGACUUAGGAUGGCAUGUUAACAUGCUCAACCAUCGUCUUAAAAACGUGAUUGAUAACGUAUUGUCAGUUUACAACGAGACAGCACCAUGCGUAAGGCCUCCUCCCUGUAUGGACUGCUACAACUGGUAUUUUGUCGAUCAUUCGGACGAAAAAUACAAGGCGCCUAUAAAGUCAAGUUCAACGCCAGCAGGGUCCACACCUACAGAUGAUCCUUCGGGUGGGAAAUGCCUAAAGAGGACAUGGUAUGGGCGGUGUUACAAGUGGGAAGGGGAUGGACCAGAGUGA